GGUCCCACUUUAUAUUAAGUGUCCUUAAGGACAUAGUCCUACUAUAAGGACAUAGUCCUACUAUGUACUUACAUUAAACAAUAAAUACAAUGUACGUACUGUGUUCAUAAUGUGUUUGAGAACACUUUUGAGUUGGGAUAGAGGUUGGGUUAUGGACAGGUUUGGUGGCAUGGGUACGUUUAAGGGUGGGUUAAGGUGAAAGGGAUGGUCAACAGUGCAUUUACAAAUGUAACUACAAAACUUAAUUACAGAUGUAAGUAAGUAUUUGUUAAAACCACUUAAUAUAAAGUGGGACCCUUAUUAAAUCUUUGAAUCGUGGUGCAUUUUAAGGCCUUUUUUUAAAUACCUAUUUUAAUAUAGCAUUUAGCCUAAACAUUACUACCCAGUGCUUCUCUUCCCAGGUAUCUGCUUAAAAAAUAAAAAUAGCUACGUGCUAUUUUAAUUUAAGUUCGAACGUUUGGGAAUAAUUUUUAUCUUGGUAUUCAUCGGUAUCCUAUCGUUUAUUGUCUUUUAAAAUUUACAAAAACAUAUUAAAAAAAAAAAAAGUACAAUUACAUAUUUUCACAGUUGAUGCACAUUUGUACACUCGACAUUUUUCAACUUUCCUGUGGAAUGUAAUACAUGUAGCUCAUAACUACUUGCAAAUACUUAACAAGAUUUGUAAUCAAAUUUAUCUCUUUCAGACCAAUAGCUCUCUGCCUGAGCAUCCAUUUUCUAAAUAAAGAAAAUGGCUUUUUAAAAUGACAGCAGCAAUAGUUUGUUUUAGUAAUGGGCUUUCAAGAAUAGCUAAGACUAAAGAAAGAUAUGCAUAUCUCUCAUUCCUUGUAGGUCGAUAUACAAACGGUUUGGUUACUUUUUAAUUAAAAUGUUUAAAUAAUUUUUUUUCUUACGGUGCUUGAUGCUUACGUCGACCAUUCAAAAACGGCACAUAUAUAAAAGGCUAAGCAUACUAUAAUAUGCUGAUGAGAAGUCCCUCCCAAAAGUUCCUACUUGUCAUGUUAUAUUGGUUUCUGCCUUAGUAAAUUUCGCUGAUGUAGAAGCGACUUUGUGAAACUCCAUCCGGGGCAUAGAAUGGCUUGCGUGGCGUUUGUUGUUCAUUCUCUUUUUCAGACUUGCGCGGUGGGCGGUAGCCCGUCCCCCUCCCCGAACUUGAAGUCGACCGCACAGCCAAGUCUGUGCGGUAACCCUGAGAAAAGUCUGAGAAAGAGGGAGGGGGUGUUGGACGCAACAUCAGACUAGAAUAAGACACACUGAAGACAAAACCAAAAGAGAAACAAAAUGUUAUUUCAUAAUGUUAUACAAUAUGGUCAUAUGAUGCAAUUUCUUAGUCCCGCAUAUAUAUUAUUUUAUUUAUUUAUUUUUUGACAUAGGAGUUCAUUAGCUUUAUAUUAUUUUAAACUUGUUUUCCUGUUAAAACUGAUAUUUUACCUAAAGCAACAUUAACUUAAUCUGAAUCUCAAGGACUCCACAACAAAGCUGGAACAUACUGGAUAGAAAACAGUGGGAAAAAAUGUUGUCUGAAUUGCCCCUUCAUCCUGGUUGAACAGAGUCGUUCUCUUAUGUUAAAAAAAUGAGUCUCACUACAGGUCUCGCAAAUUGCAUAAAAAUCUUUCUAUCGCAGGUUUUCGUUGAACACAGGCCCCAAAUUACUGCUGAAAACUUUCCCGCACGCGGCGCGGAAUUUGUUAUAAGCUGACGAAGAGGCAGAGCUUUUGGCGUUUAACUUACUCUUCUUUUUGCGGAAAACCAAUUACUUAGGCAUCGUAUAAUCCGAUUACUUUAUAUUCCCGACAAACACACGUUGCAAACAAUAUGUAAUUUGCACUAAAUUAGGCUCAUGUUACUCGCCUCCCUCAGAUGCCUUGAGGCAUUUGGCAGAAGGGGAUUAAGGGUUAUGCGUUGUGGAAAAGUGAGGCCUUUAACGGCCUAAUCCAAGUCUCACUGUUAGACUCGUUAAUUCUUGAAAGUCAAAACUAUAUUCUUUAUAUCGUGCGAGUCCAAGAUGAUCUUUCGUGUGUAAGUUAAAAAUAAAGCAAAUAAAAUCAAGUACAACACCUUUCAGAAUAUUCCAUAAUUUUUUAGUUGUGAUAUAUAAAGAUAUGCCCUUACAGAUGACCACUGUUACAUUGGUGAAUUGAUGUAAACGAAAUGUUUAAUUUAAUGAAUAAACUUAAGUCUAAAUGCGGCCAUGUUACGGUCUAAAAUGGACUCUGAGGUAAACACUAUCUGAAUCUAAUUUGUUUAUCCUAAAUUAACCUUGGAAUGAUUUUGUUUUGCAAAAAUUAACAGAGAAACAGCAAUAAUCAUGCGUUGUGAUUUCCACUCAAUUAUAAAAGGUCAAAUCAUGCUAUCCUGCUCUCAUUUUUUUCUCAAACAAUUUGAGACAAAAUACACGUUUGAAAUACUCUAAUAUUCAAUGUAUGUAUUUAUAAAUGUUGUGUUUUGUGGGAGUUUGUAUUACGUAAGGUAAAUGCAAACCACCAGUGGCCUGCGGCUAUUCGAUAAGUGCUGAUCGCUUGGAUUUCAUUUUAUUUAAGUCACAAACAUGCUGUUCCGACGUUUAAAAUUAGAUUGCAAUACUCUGAGAGCUUGAAAAACAAUAAUCAUAGCGUCUUGUUUUCAAUAAAAUAUAAUGUUUAAAAAAUCAGUUAAUCGAACACAGUUCUAAUCGUCUAUGUUGUGAAAAAUUGAGUAUACACAUCACAGACAUUAGAAAUUAAUUCGUAACUUAUCUGAACUUUGCGUUGCGCAGUUUGGAUUUCCUAAUAGCCCUGUCGUCAAUAUAUAGGCCUAACUUGAACCAGAGACGAUCUGUCAAUUUCUUCACAUGAUCACGUGACCCUGGCCUCAGUUGGAGCGGAUAGAGAUGGAUUUCCACGUCAUCUUACGUCUCAAAAUUUCUGCCUCGCGGAUAUCCCUACAACGCGACUAAAUGGCACGCGCAAAUGAGAGCAAUGUUGUGGGCGUUGCGUAUAGGUCUCACUAGCCCAAGCAAGAAACUACGCGGGUACAAUGAUGGAUUUUGACGAAAGGGUUUCCGUUGGCUCCAACAUGUAUCUGCCCAGCUGCACAUAUUACGUUCCGGGGGCUGAUUUUUCCACGUUGCCCUCUUUUCUAUCCCAAAGCCCGUCUACUCGCCCAGUCACUUACUCUUACGCUUCCAACCUGCCUCAGGUACAGCAUGUCAGGGAGGUUACAUUCCGGGACUAUGCUAUUGACCCGUCCACCAAAUGGCCUCACCGGGGUCCACUGGCACAUUGUUAUCCGUCGGAGGAUUCAGUCCACAGGGAGUGUUUACCAGCUGUAACGACUGUUGGAGAAAUGUUCCCUAAGAAUAAUGCAUCUGCGUAUUAUCAUUCUACAUCGAACACGACAUCUGCGUCCAAUUUUUACGGCAACGUUGGAAGAAACGGUGUGCUUCCUCAAGCAUUUGACCAGUUUUUUGACACCGCCUACGGAGGCUCGGACAGUGUAGUAGACAACGACUAUGCAGCAAGGGAUAAAAUGCACUCCAGCAAACAGUCGACACCAGCGCCCGCACCGGAGCAGCAGCCCGAAGGAAAGGAGCGACCGGAGACCAGUAGCCCCGAAUCAUCUUCCGGAAACAAUGAGGAAAAAACUAGCGGUGCGAACAGUGGGCCCAGGUUUCGUAAGAAGAGGUGUCCCUACACUAAAUUUCAAAUUCGGGAGCUUGAAAGGGAAUUCUUCUUCAGCGUGUACAUCAACAAAGAAAAACGACUUCAGCUCUCACGGAUGCUUAACCUCACUGAUCGCCAAGUGAAAAUUUGGUUCCAGAACCGGCGCAUGAAGGAAAAAAAACUAAAUCGGGACAGGUUACAGUAUUACAGUACCAAUCCACUGCUAUAGGAUAAACAAUAACAACAACAGAGGUAGAAAUUUAGUAGCUGCUGUAAUGCGUUCGCAUUACACUAUAUUCUCACGAGGUAAAUUUCAAAUUCGCGACAAGGCACUAUUCGCUUGUGUACAUACACAGAGAGCGAAGGAUAGUGAAAUUCAUAUAAUACUGGUGGUUCUGCACUGGCAACAAACAAAGCAAUACAAGUGUAAGCAUGAUGCACACUGAACAAGUACUUCGCUUGCAUUUAAAUUUCUCUUCAAGGAUACAAUAUAUUAAAUUGUGUGGAGGAAUGCUGACAAAAAAAAAGAUAGAUUGCCACUUAUCCUAGUUUCCUAAUUAUUUAUUUGAUUUGCAAGUGGAAUUACCUCCCUGGUUGUUGCAGAAAGUCUUUAAGCAAUAACACUUUAUUCUACGGACCUCUCUCGGGAAUGUAAACGAUUCAUUGCAAGCAGCUGUAUAGAUUAUUUUCUGAUCUUCCAAAGUGUUCACUUGUUGCAGAUUAUGUAAACACAAAGAUAAAAGAGACAAGUAGCUUACUGACUGAAGGAGAAUAACCAAAGAUCAUUAAUGUAUUUUUUUUCGAACUAAUAACUGGCAACUUUACCCAGUAAAAAUCUUUAAGACUC